CUCCUUUACGAACUUUUUUAUCUCGUCUAUACUCUAUAUAAUAUCUCUUAAAGGAUUGUGCAGAGAAUGAUCAUAUCUGUGAUUGGCCUAGCCAGAUCCAUCAUGAGGCGCUUUAUGCGUCCUAUUUUCUUUCUAGCCAGAGCAUCAUCUUGGAGACAAUACUGGACCGGCUCGCGCCCGACACAGAAAGCUUCUAUUCGAGAAUUACUCCUUCAAAAGAUCCCCCACAAAUCAUGGGACAGCCAUAUGCACGUAGUCGACCCAACGCAAUAUCCUCUCGCCGAAGGGGCACAAUAUACCCCCCAACCUCAUCUUCUAUCAGACGCCUUAACAUUCGAGUCAACACUGGGUAUCUAUAAGAUCGUCCUUGUUCAGCCAUCAAUUUAUGGCAACGAUAACUCGUGCAUGCUCGACGCCUUACGCAGGAUUGGCCCUCAAAAUGGGCGCGCUGUUGUAACAUUCGACCCGAAAUCAAUCAAUUCUUUAACUCUCGAUGUGUGGCAGAGGAUAGGGGUCCGAGGAGUCAGAAUCAACCUGCAAUCUGUGAGCCAGCAGAUGGAUCCAGUUGAGCUCACGGCCACCUUGCAACAAUAUGCGGACAUAAUACGCCCAUAUGGCUGGGUGUUGCAGCUUUAUGUCCCGCUCAAUACGGCGACUGUAUUGGAGACCGUUGUUCCGAAAUUAGGAGUGAAGGUUUGCUUGGAUCAUUUUGGAUGCCCAACGCUAUCCGGUACUUUUGGAUAUCCAGUCGCUGGUGACCCAUACUCCCUCCCGGGAUUUACGUCGCUCGUCAACCUUCUAUCGCAAGGAAGUACAUAUUUGAAAAUGUCUGCACCAUAUCGGCUGAGCCCAGAUGCUGGACAUCUGGAUUUGGAGCCUAUGGCGAAAGAGCUGCUGAGAGUUGCGCCGAACCAGAUAGUGUUUGCAUCCGAUUGGCCGCAUACACGAUAUGAGGGAUUGGACAUCAAGCCAUUUGUGGAAAGUGUGGUGGAGUGGUGCGGCGAUGAUAAUACCCUGAUAGAGAGGAUUUUUAAAUAUAAUGCUGAGGAUCUGUGGUCAGUUAGCAAUGAAAAAUAG